CUUGAGUAGUAUUGAAUUGAAAGAAAUGAUAUUUUUUAAGAAAACAAUUACAAUUGUUUAUUACUUACAAUUACAAUUGUUUAUGAAUGAUUUCGUAAUGUUACGUAUUAUAAUUUGAAUAACAUAUUUUCAUACCAAGAAAGACGACACCAGCACCACACUGAUGAUCAAUACUAGUCUUUGCAAAUAAAUUGAAUAACCCGUUGAUUCAGUUGUUUGAACUAUCAAUUUGUGAGCAUUAACCAAAUAAACAAAAUCUCUUUACUUAUAAAUACUGACACAACAUUGAUGAAUCUCCAGUCGACCAGAAUAUGACACAGAAAUUGGAGAGUGUUGGACAAAGUUAGCACAAUUUUAACAGAAUAACUAAAUUAGAAAAAAAUACUAUAUAUUGUUCUAUUCUCUACUACUACCAACCGAAUUUCACAAAAAUGAGCAAGAUUCCGCUGAUCCCUAAUGAGACAAUCUACUUCCAAAAUCAGCGCCCAACCGGUCAACGAAGAUCUCACAACCCUCACCGCAGUUCCGAUGGCAGCCUGACGUCUCACAAGUUUUCCUGGCUACUCCGCCAUUCGGUCGCCGUAGCCCAACACAUGGACCCGGAUGGGUUUGUCGGGUUUGACGUACUGCUGAGUCAGCUUAAAAAACCGGGCUGCAGCGCAACCAAAGAGCGAAUGCUCGAGUUUGUGGCCACAGAUCAAAAAGGUCGAUUCGAAGCUCGUGGAGAGGAAGUUCGGGCCGUAAAUGGACACAGUGUGCACUUUUGUGAUAACUAUGAGGUGGUUAAGGAUCCGCCGGAGUUCCUGUAUCAUGCCACCAACAAUCAUGCGGUUCCACUGAUAAUGGGUGGUGCGUUAAAGCGGAUGGACCGGCAUUAUAUCCACAUGCACGGGACUCCUCCGCCGAAAACCUCCGUGCGGUAUCGAAUAUUGAGAAUCAGACCUCCCAGAGGACACGUGUUUUAUAAAACUAAAAAUGGGUACUUUUUGUGCCGGGAGGAUAUACCGGCAGAGUUUAUUGUAGUGUUGAACUAAGCUAUAGAAGAUGAUGUUUAUGCUUCUUGGGGAUGUUUGUUGAAUUUGUUUUCUAGUCAAAUCUUUUUAGUUAUAAAUCAGUCUUCAACUGACUAAUAAAGCAAUGACGAAUAAUAAAAACAAAAUUACAUCUUAAAAUCCAUUGUAUCAUCUCGAUCAAGAUUGUAAAAUAAUAUUUUGGCCGUAACAAUCCUCCUGACGCAAAACAAUGUUUGUUUGUUUUACAAAAACAUUCAAAUCUUGAGAAUGUAUCAAUCAAAAAAUUAUUUUCUUUGUGUUGUUUGUAGAAGCAUUUUACAUAUCAUGAUUAUAUUUUCAUUUCAAUUUACUAUUUCUUGACCCUGAUUGAUCAUUGACAGUCAUUGACCCAAGAGUUAAGGUGGUAGAUGGUGUCUUUCCCUUUUGUGGCAAUGACUGUCAAUGAUGGUUCUGAAUUUAGGGUCCAGAAAAUGUAAAUUGAAAUGAAAAAAUAAUCACUACAUGUAAAAUACUUCUACAAACAAACAACACAAAGAAAACCAUUUUUUGGUUGAAACAUUCUAAAUCAAGAUUUGAUUGUUUAUCUAAAACAAACAUGGCCGCCAAAUGGCCGAUCGGGAAUGAUGCCUUUCAGAGCCUUAAAUACACCUUCUACGACCUUAGACUGCCUGCAGCGCGAAGUUUUAUAAUUGUUUCAAAUUGCGAGCAGUUUUAAAUUUUUAGAACUGGCGGAAAUGAAACUAGAACACGAUGCUCGCAACGCGCUGAUCUAAAUGUUGUUUCAAAAAAAUGCUUUUAAUUGUGUGCGUAUGAUUAUCAACGCAGCAUCAUAGUGUGUG